AUGGCGGGCCACGUGAAUAUGAUGGACGACUGUCUGAUAUUAAAUUUACCACCGGCUACUCUAAGAUCAGCUCUUCGCCUCCUCGUCUCCCAGGGCUCCGUUACUCAGCAACCUUUCGUCAAACAUGUCCGUGCCAAGUUCUUCGAGAACCCGCCGUCAUUUACUACUCCGGAAGAGUUGUUCCCCGGGCAUGAUAUUGUUGCUCCCGCAUGCUUGGAAUACCUUGCUCAGACGAGAUGCAUAUUCUCGUGCAAAUUAGCCAAGGAAUCACUCCCUUACCUAGAGCACUUCAUACAAGCUAUCCCGCAGGCGAACGCCAGGUGGACCGAAAAUAGCAAAUUAACAGCGGUGCUGGCGAAAUUCGACGGGGACGUCAUUCAAGCGGUACAAGCGCUCAAAGAAUCGCGACCGGAACCGAGCCCGAAACUGUUAAGUUCCCUAAACAGUCUCCUCGGCAUCUUUAAGGUCUGUGAGUGGUACUGCGAAUCCGCCCAACCUCCUUUAACAUUCCCCUUCACGCGCUCUAGACGGCAGGUUUGCGAUGUAAUGGAUAUCCUAUUCGCGCGUGAUGCCUCGGCAUUUAACAACGCUAAACAAGCUACCAUCGCUAUACCUACACGAGCUGCCGGAGGGCAUGUAGUGGGGACUUUCUCUCUCGGACCCUUUGAAAUGCCCAGAUUGUUCAAUGGCUUAUGGCAGGUGUCUUCACCAUCGUGGGGUUCCGGGGGCGCUCGAGAGCAAGAGACAGCAUUGGCCCAAGCGGUAUCUUUUGGCAUGACAGCGGCCGAUAUGGCGGAUCACUAUGGUGACGCGGAACUUAUCUACGGCGAUUUUAGGAAUAGGCUUACCCCUGAAAUUCGGGAUAAGGUGUAUGCUGCAACUAAAUGGUGCAUAUUCUCACCCGUCCCAACCCCAAUACCACCAUCCUUUGUUCUCGACGCAGUCCGCGAGCGAUGCCGCCGACUAGGCGGUCGAGUCGAGCUAUUACAAUUCCACUGGCAGAACUACGAAGACAAAGAAUACCUCCCCAUCCUCACUGAGCUCCUCCGCAUCAGCAAAUCACAUCCGGAGUUAGUAUCCUCAAUCGGCCUGUGCAACUUCGACGCCGAGCACGUGGCGGAGUCGUGCGAGUACCUCAUCGCCAAGACGGGCGCGGUCGGCAUCGUGUCGAAUCAGGUGCAGUUUUCUCUCGUCGAUGCGCGGCCGCUGCGGAAGAUGGUUAGUGUGUGUGAGAAGUACGGGUUGAAGUUACUAACUUAUGGCUCGUUUUGCGGAGGAUUCUUGUCCGAGCGAUGGCUUCACCAGCCCGCCCCUGCUGUGUACCUCGAAUCGCACCAAUUGACGCCCUCGCAGCGUAAGUACUUCGACAUGAUCCAAACUUGGGGGACCUGGACCACCUUCCAAUCCCUCCUCUCCUGCCUCUUUCCCAUCGCCGACAAACACAAAGUCAGCAUCUCGAACAUAGCCACGCGCUGGGUUCUCCAACAACCCACCGUCGGCGCCGUGAUUGUAGGAACUCGACUCGGCGUUUCAGAUCAUAUCGAGGAUAAUCUGCGAGUGUUCGGUUUCUCGCUCGACAACGAUGAUAUGCAAAAUAUCAACGCGGUAGCACUUGGGCCGGGCGGGGAGAAAGUCAGUGCGCUUUUUGAUAAGCUUGGAGAUUGCGGGAAUGAGUAUCGCAAGAUACAUUGA